AUGUCGGACUCUACAGUUCAGACAGAUCAAAAGCCAAAGGCGGCUGGAGCGAAUACACGAGCCCCGAAGCCCGCUGCUUUCACAUGGGACAAGAAUCAAAUCGACACAGGCUGCAUAUCACCUGUGAGAUCAUCCGAAGCCCUGACACCAAAUCAUGAUUCGACCAGAUACAUGAAACACCCCUCGUCGCCCGAAAGCUCCUCGUAUCUGCCGCCCCGUAUACAUUCCCCCGCCUCUCAAAUAUUCGAACGAGAUGUGCAGGAAGAUAUAGUGCCAGCACAGGCAUCGCCUUCGAUACCUGCACAUAUUCGAACCGAUAACUAUAUUCCACCUGUCCUAGAAGCAUCCUCGGCCGCAAUCACAGAUGAACGCCUCGAUCCAGAUUCGGUCGAGAUUGUCACACAUAGCCUACAUCAAUCCGCGGGUGGUCCAUCCGGGGAGCAAUCGAUGUCCUCCUCAGGCAUCGAUCAUCUCUUGGGCCAUGCUGAUGGAGAUGAACUCUCCAGUUAUGGAGCACUGGACACGACAGAUGUACGUCGGCUGAGCUUUAUUUCCUUUGCCGACGUUGUCAACGCCGAGCAUGCAGAAACAAAUGAAGCUCAUCCUGGCGUAAUACCUCGGGAGCGCCUAGGAGAUAUCAACCAAUCCCCGUCUCCAUUGCGCUCUCCAUCUUCUUCGCAUGGACUUAGCACUUCGCCGCCAACAAGCAUUGCGACCUCCCCCCAGAGGGCUUGA